AUGGAAAAAGAAAUAGAACCCGAAAAGCUUAAGGUCAAGAAUGCAAUGGAAAAAGGAAACGAGAAGCAAAUUCGAAUUCACUUUAGGAAUAUGGUGCGCAUGAGACAUGAGGUAGUAAAUUAUCGUCAAAUAUCUAACCGUCUAGACUCCAUGGUUGAUUACUUUGACAAAGAACCGGAAGAAAGUAAGGUGCUUAGUUCGAUUCCAGCAAUAGUUGAGUCCAUUGAUGCUUCUUUAACAAGUGGAAAUACUAAAAACAUGUUGAAAACAAUGGAUCAAAUAAAAAAACAGUAUUUUGAUGAUGAAAUUGUGGCGAAAUUUACAAGUUCGUCGGCUACUGAGAGCACACCAAUUGCAAUGUCAGAAGAUGAGGAAAUUAGCGCUUUGAUCAAAAAAAUAGCCGCCGAAUAUGAUUUGAAGGCUUCUAUAGAGUUAGAACCAUAA